UUAAAAAUCACAAAAAAUCGAAACGAGAAGAUUUGAGAGAGACAAAACCAAAUCCAAAAAUUUGGACUCUUUCUUAACACAAAAAUUGUGUUUUGGGCUUAGGGCAAUUCUCUUUCCACCGUUGCAGCUGAUAUAAAUAAUAAAAACUAAACCCUAAUUCCACCUCUCGCCUCUCCUGCUAAAGUGCUUUCCCGUAACAACAUUCUUUAGCGCAGGAGAGCUGAGCUAUGCCUUCCGCCAUUGUUCCUGAAACCAUGUCAUCUGAUUCUCUCAAAGACCUGAAGAAGAAGAUGAAGAAGAAUGUUAAACCGGCCUCUGAAACCCCCUUCUCUGAAAAGAAAGAGAAGAAGUCAAAGGCUAAGAAGCUCAAUUCGGAGUCUGAUUCGGAGGGGAGCUUGGUAAAGAAAAAGUCCAGUAAGAAGAAGGAUAAGAAGCGGAAAGCUUCGGAGAUCAAUGGAGGACACGAGCAGGGUAGUGAGACGAGCUCGGAGCUGGUGGAGCCGGUGAGUAUCAAGGCGGAGAAGAAGAAAAAGGCCAAGUUGUCUGAGGAGGCUAUGAGUGCUGAGGAGAAUCCAAAUGCGCUUACACGUUUCCGAAUUUCGGCUCCUCUGAGAGACGCUUUGAAAGCCAAGGGAAUUGAAUCGCUCUUUGAGAUUCAAGCUAUGACCUUUGAUAUCGUUCUGGAUGGCACUGAUUUGGUUGGUAGAGCUCGUACUGGCCAGGGUAAAACACUGGCAUUUGUUUUGCCCAUAUUGGAGUCAUUAACAAAUGGUCCAGCUAAGCUUACCCGAAAGACUGGAUACGGUAGACCACCCAGUGUUGUGGUGCUUUUACCUACCAGAGAGUUGGCUAGUCAGGUGUUUGCUGACUUUGAAGUUUAUGGUCGUGCAUUGGGGCUAUCUUCUUGUUGCUUGUAUGGUAAUACUCCCUAUGCACAACAAGAACGUCACUUAAAAAGUGGUGUUGACAUUGUAGUGGGUACUCCUGGACGGAUCAAGGAUCAUAUCCAAAAGGGGAAUAUUGACUUCAGCUCAUUGAAGUUUCGUGUUCUUGAUGAAGUUGAUGAAAUGCUGAGGAUUGGUUUUGUUGAUGACGUUGAAUUUAUUCUAGGUGCGGUGAAAGACGCAAAUCAAGUUCAAACACUUCUUUUCAGCGCAACAUUGCCAGACUGGGUUAAACAUAUUGCCUCUAAGUUCCUCAAACCAGAUAAGAAAACUGUAGACAUCGUUGGCAAUCAAAAAAUGAAGGCCAGCACAAGUGUCAGACACAUUAUUAUUCCAUGCUCAAGUUCAGCCAGAUCCCAGCUUAUUCCUGAUAUUAUUAGAUCCUACAGCAGUGGAGGUCGUACUAUUAUUUUCACUGAAACAAAGGGUUAUGCUUCUGAGCUUGCUGGCACGUUGCAUGGAGCUCAUGCUUUACAUGGAGAUAUACAGCAGUCCCAACGUGAGGUUACACUAGCUGGUUUCAGAUCAGGCAAGUUCAUGACAUUAGUAGCCACAAAUGUGGCAGCUCGUGGAUUAGACAUUGAUAACGUUGAGUUAAUUAUCCAGUGUGAGCCUCCACGUGAUGUAGAAGCUUAUAUUCAUAGAUCAGGAAGGACAGGAAGGGCAGGAAAUACUGGUGUGGCUGUAAUGCUUUAUGAUCCUAAGAGGUCCAAUAUUACUAGGAUAGAAAGAGAAUCUGGUGUCAAGUUUGAGCAUAUAGCUGCUCCACAGCCAUCUGAUAUUGCUAAAGCUAUGGGAAAAGAAGCUGCAGAGCAAAUUGAAGGAAUGUCUGAUAGUGUAAUACCUCCUUUCAAGGAUGCCGCUGAGCAUCUCCUAAAGACCUCUGCUUUAUCACCAGCAGAUUUGCUUGCAAAGGCACUGGCAAAGGCUGUUGGAUAUACUGAAAUCAAGAGCCGGUCACUCCUUACUUCCUUGGAGAACUGUGUUACUCUACAUCUUCAGAGUGGAAGACCCGUCUACUCACCUUCUUUUGUGUAUAAUGUCUUGAGAAGGUUCUUACCUGAAGAGACAGCUGAGUCAAUCAAAGGGCUGACUUUGACAGCAGAUGGCAAAGGGGCAGUCUUUGAUGUGUCCACUGAAGAUGUAGAAACGUUUUUGGAGGGUUCAAAAAAAGUAUAUGAUGCAAAGCUGGAAGUCGUGAAAGAAUUGCCUCCCCUUCAAGAAAGGGAACCGGCACCCCGUGGAAGAUUUGGUGGCGGUGGUGGCCGUUUCUCUAGCGGUGGGAGGAGUUGGAGAGGCGGAAGAGGUGGUGGUGGCGGCGGCAGUAGGGGUCGCAGAUUUUGAAAGAACCAAGAUGCAGGUGGCAAGUCAACGUAGAUAUCGGUCUACAUCGAUCAGAAAUUUUUGGAUUGAAGACAGUAUUUUAGUUUAUGGACAAUGAAGAAAAGUGUAAAACUAGACCAAGCUAUAGCUAUAUAUAUAAUUAUAUAUACUUAAAAUUUUGGAAUUACAAACCUUUCUCGUUUCCCAUUUGUAUUGGAGUGAUUUACUCUAGUCAAUUUAUUUGGAAAUGUUUGUUGUACUAAUGACUAAUGAUUUUUUGUGUGCAAGUAAUUAGUUUUAGCAUUUGAGUGGUUUUUGGUGGAUGUUAAUUCACUUGAUUAAAAGACAGUUGAUGAU